AUGAUCCUGGAAUCAAUAAAGGAUUACAUUUCAUUGGACCCACUACUAACUUCAUAUUUGCAAUCGUACAAUUAUACCGGCAGCCCACUUCAUUCUUCCAGGAGACAGAACGUACAAGUCCAAUCACCAAGCAAAACAAAGGUCAGUAUUGAAUUAUCGGCUAUUAAGAUCAUAGAUGCUGUAUUGAAAGAUGAGAGCAUUGACUCAAGUGUACUUAAUCAUGAGGAACACCAAAACCUAUUAGAAGUGAUAUCAAAAGCAUUCAGAUGCGUGUAUAGCAGCAUUUCAAAGACACAAGACUAUAUUAAUGUUAUAAAAAAGCAUCAAGUUUACGUCAUUAAAUUGAUUGCAUUGAAGAAAAUAGAUGUAUCGCUAGCAGAAUUAGGCUUGAUCUAUCAAAUAAUAAAUAAAGUUAUAAAUGUUAAAUCUUCUAUUGAUUGGCAUAAUACGUCGGGACUAGGUUACGAGGAAUUACUACAAGGAAUUCCUUUUAAUGAGACGUUUCUAGAAUGUCUAGAUGAAAAUCACAAAUUGCAAAUCGUAAAUUUAACAAUUGCGUUUCAUUUUAUGUGUAUUCAAUGUAUCCUUCAAACAAUUACAUUGAAUCUCAAACUAAUAAUAUCUAAUAGAGAUCGCAAACUAAACAUAUCCUUAUUUGGAGCUAUUGCACCAUAUUUUUUAUCAACCGGAAAUUUCUCCCAAUGGCUAACAUAUUCUUAUACUCAAUAUUCAAAUAAAGACAAACACGUCAAUAACUUAAAUAAAAUGAUUAAUGGGUUCCUUAAGAUUAUUUGCAUAUUAGUGACCAAAGUCAAAGGCCCGAGUUUGACUGAAUUGUAUUACUUUCAAAGUUUAUUCACCAUAAAAUCAAUUGAAUAUCAGCUUUUAAAGUCAGGAGAUUAUUCGAAUAUACAACUAGAUCUCAAUACUCAAGAAAAUGCUCAAUUAUUACCAUAUAUUGAAGACGUAAAGUCUGUAUUAUCACAAUUGGAUGGCAACUCAUCGGUAUCUCUAGAAAAACUAAGAAUUGAAUUAGAUUGCAUCCAACUACCUUCCACUCGAUAUCCUCGAUCAGAGAUAAUAACUGCGGUAAAUAAAGCAAUAGAUAAUUUAUCUGGAGCUUCAUUAGAUCAAUUGGUAUUUUACUUGCUGCCAAAAGUAAAAUGUGACACAGAUAUAGCAUCUGACCCUGAAUUCUUGUCUUCUAUGAAACGUUUUAUAAAGACCACGCUUUGCGCAGUUGAUAAAACCUUAGCAUAUUCCAGCAUCCAGAUAUGUACAUCAUAUUUUAAUCUUGCAUUUAAAACUUUAAAGAACCUUUCCUGUGAUCAUUUAAUAAUAUUCGAUUCUAUUACAAUAUAUUUGAAAGAUCUCGUCAAUAGUGAAAAGACUGAAAAAUCAUUUUUGAAGUUUCUUUCUAACACGCUUCAGGAUUUGUUCAACAUACUAUCUAAAUUUAGGCAAUUUAAAAGAAUACGAAAUCUUUCCAAUCUUUUUUUCAAUCUUGGGAAUAAAGAAAAGAAUAUACCUAAAGAUUAUUGGAAGCUCGCAAUUUCUUAUGAACUGUUCAUUUACAGCUACAACGCUGAAACGAAGACUGCUGAAAAUUUCAAGUUUCUCCAAAGCAAAGUUCAGAAGAUUGUUAAUGCGUUAUAUGAGAUGAGAAACUUCGAAGAGUCUACAUCCAUUCUCCUUGGAUUUUUGAGAGAUGCCAUCGAUACCAAAAAAACGGGGUUCCAACAAUUGUUCUUCGACUUGGCAGAAUUCCAAAUGCCCUUAAUAAUUCAAUUAUUAGCUAAGUGUCUAGUAUCUGAUGCUUCGAUCGUGAAUUUAAUUUUCGGCGAUGAAAGCAAACUAAGCGAGAAUUUCAAGUGUAUUUUAUUUAUCAAUUUAGUCUGCUUCUUAGAGAAGUCAAACAAUGUUAGGCAGAAAACAGAUUUGAUUAAUCAUAUUAUGAAGAAAUUGAUCCUAAAAGACUCCACUCUAAAUUUAAUUUGCAUAUAUCAUUAUUUCAAUUUAAAUGGAUUGAAUAAUUUUGUGGUUGACAUAUUUACAGACGCUUGUUCUCUGAAUGAUUUGAAUAUUCUUUUUUUAAGCGGUGUACGCUUACAGGAGGUAAUAAAUAUCGGAUGGAACGAAGAAAUGUUAACAGAUUCGCUAAAGCUAUUCGAAGACUGGCUUGAAAGAUCAGACCAGAGUAAUAUGUUUAUAAUUGACUAUGAGUUUGAAAUAUUAAGAACCUUUGUGAAUUAUUUAAAAUACAAUUCUUUGACAGGACGAGUCAUACACUUGAUCCAGGUUUAUAGGCAGCACCGACCAACUCUUGAUAAUGCACCUAAGGUUUACCAGAAUAGUUUGUUGCUUGAAUUAGAAUUAUGUGAUGCCUGUAUAAAAUUAGGUUUACCGCUAGAUGCAUCAAAUCAUUUGACAUCUUCAGGUACUUUAUUAAAGCAACUAUCGAAAUAUUCUUCAAGUAACGAUUGCUUGCAACAUGUUUCAAAUCAAGAUAUAAUGAAUUGGAAAUUACUGCAGUUUGAAUAUUGUUUGUUGAUUGGCAAUAAGACUCAUGCUAAGGAAAAAUCCACUGCAAUUUUGAAAUUCCUAGAUUCUAAGCUGGAAUUUAACUUGAAGAAUCAAGGCCCUGACAUGACUUUAGAAUUAAAGUUUGAAAAUUUGUUCAUAAUAGCUCGAUUCCAGUUACUUACAUGUAAAUUUAAUAUCCAAUUGUCGAAUUUCUACGAUGCUUUAGAUAACGUGAAAUUAUGUAUUAAGGUGGUUUAUUCAAUUAUAAAGAAAUUGGGUAAUAACAUUCGAAAAGUAGUGUACAAUGAAUUGAAAUGGAAAACUGCUUCAUUAUUAUUCGAAUGCUACAAAACUAUAAUAGAUAUUCUCAAACGAUUGGGAAUAUCGAGAGAUUUAUUAUACUAUUUACUGGAAUUUAAGAAAUUGGACGAAGCUAAUAUUGCUCCAUUUGUUAAUUGUUCAAACUCUUUUUAUUUGACAAACUUUUAUGUUAUGUUAGAGAAUAUGGAGGCUGCAUUUUUAUCCUUAACCGAAGGGAAUAAUAUAUAUAAACUGAUAGAGAUGGAUAAUAGAAAUAUCAGACUUGCUAGAAUUUUAAGUAACUUGUUAUUCUUAGCUGCAGAGUUGAAAUUCAACGUGAAAGGAAAGGAAAAUGGUAAUUGUCUACCAAGAAAAGAGAGUUAUAAAAAAGAUUUGGAAGUAUUAUUAGAAUUUUCCUGGAAAGAAUUAGGAACUAUUCCAACAUCUUCAUUGAUAUCCAUGUCAAGUUUCAUUGAUUCAAGAAGCGAGCGAAUACAACUUCAAUAUUUGUUAUCCUUAUAUGAAUUUGACUAUAGUCCAGAUUCAGGUGACUACAAUCGCUAUGAAGACGAUCAAUAUAGUAGGAUAAUCACUACGAUAUCUUUGGCAAAGACACAAACCUCUAAUGCACUUAAACAAUUACUAUUAAUACCAUGCUUUUCACUGAUGGAUGAAUCAUGUAUUGCAUUACCUUGCAUAGUUAAAGAAGAGAAGAAGUUCCAAGGGUCAGUUAAACCAGUCUAUGAUAACAUAUCUAAUCAGAUAGAUAUAAUCAACAACUUGAUUCAAACUAAAGAAAUAUUAUUGAAUUGCUUGUCAUCCAAAAGACUAAAGCAAUUAUCUAAUUACGAGUUGAAUGAUUUGAAUAAAGUCUUUUUUAGAUGCUUAUCCUUACUUUCAUCAGUUGCAAUAUAUAAGUCUGAUUUCUCUUUGGUAAGUGGUGAAAACUCAGUUUUAUCGUAUCUUUAUUAUUUGCAAGACUUGCCUCGGUAUCUUCCUUUUUUGAAUGAUAGAUCUAUCAAUCAUGAAACUGUUACAUCACAGUCUAACAAUAAUGAAUUACUUCCAUCUGAGGUUAACGAUGGAUUUAUUAACAGAGAAAUUGAUUUGGUUACUAGCGAAUUUUUCAACGAUUUAGCCGAAUAUUUGCCUAGUUCAUGGAUAAUUAUUACAAUUGAUAUUUGUCCUUACACUGGAGAUUUAUUGUUAUCUAAGAUGCAUAAGUAUUCCUACAAGAAACCUUUUUUCUUAAGAAUUCCAUUAAAUAAAAAAAGUAAUGAAGGUGACUCACUUGAAAUGUCAUUCAAUGAAAUGAUAAAAGCAUUAGAGUCGAUAAUUAAACAAAGUGAUAUAUCAACUAGAAUAGAGACGACAUCUAAAAUUAAGUCUAAAGAGGAUAGGAAAAAUUGGUGGAAGCUAAGAUUUAGCUUGGAUUUAGAAUUAAAACAUUUAUUAGAUCAUGUUGAAAAUAACUGGUUGGGUGGGUAUAAGGGAAUAUUUGAUGAUCCUUCUACAAAUGAGUCUUUUUUAUCAGCUUUUGGUUUUGAUUUUGAAUGUUUGUUAAAUGAAAUAUUACCUUCUCGGAUGCUGAAGUUAGCGGAAGACAAGUUUAUGGAUUUCGAUAAUAAUGUUUUGCAAUUGUUUCUUAGCAUGUGUGAAAUGUAUCGAGAAGAUCAUGCAGAAAUAGAUGAUUCAGAGUUUAAGCAAAAAAGCUAUAAAUUUCUCAAUGAUUUAAUUUUAUUUAUUCUCGAUUCAUUAACAUAUCAUGGAGAGCAAAAUGCAUACGAUGAAAUUGAUAUCGAAAAGUUUCAUUACUUACUAGAGAAGUUGCUAAGUACGUAUGCACAGAAGAAGAAUAGGCCGUUGGUUCAUACAGAUUACAGGGAAAGCCAUACAAUACUUGUUCCAAGUGCAAAGUGCUCAUCUUUUCCUUGGGAAUCGCUUAAUUUUUUGAAGGGUAGAUCGAUUUCUAGAGUUCCAUCUAUUGGAACCCUACUUGACAUGUUAAAGUCGAGGCAUAAGUCAUUAAAUAUAGAAACAUCGAACAAUCUAUACUACUUGAUUAAUCCUGGAGGUGAUUUAAUACGAACACAGACAAAGUUUAAACCAUUUUUCAUUGAUAAAGAGAAUUGGGAAGGUCUCAUCGGCACACAACCUAACGGAGAUGAGGUUCUUCACAAACUUGGGGAUAUGGAUUUAUUUGUUUAUUUGGGCCAUGGAGGAUGCGAGCAAUUCAUUCGUACAUCAUCGUUAUUAAAGGCUGCAUGCAAUAACGAUAAUCAUAUAUUACCACCUAGUCUAUUGAUAGGUUGCUCCUCAGGAGCAUUGAAUUACAAUGGGUUAUUAGAACCAAACGGUACUGUUUAUAACUGGCUUAUAUGUGGAUCACCCAUGGUAGUCGUUAAUUUGUGGGAUGUUACUGACAAGGAUAUUGAUAUGUUUAGUCUAUCGGUGUUUGAAAAAUGGGGCUUGCUAGGAACUACUAGUUCGGAUAGUGUUAAUAUUUGCAAAGCAGUCGGUGAUAGCCGAGAACGUUGUACUCUAAAAUACUUAAAUGGGUCUGCUCCUAUAGUUUAUGGCUUACCAAUGAUUUUAAAAUAG